UUUUAUGCCCAAAUCCGCGGGAAAACUCCAGGUAGCAUAGAAAGGAGACUCAGAGAGUGUGUGUUAGAGAGAGAAAGACAUGGCGCCAGUGUUGCAGAGCUCUCAGCCAUGGGUCGAGAAAUAUCGACCCAAGCAGGUAAAAGACGUAGCUCACCAAGACGAGGUCGUUCGAGUCCUCACGAACACACUCGAGACCACAAACUGUCCACACAUGCUCUUUUAUGGCCCGCCCGGCACUGGCAAAACAACGACUGCACUCGCCAUCGCCCAUCAGCUUUACGGACCUGAACUUUACAAGUCUAGGGUGCUGGAGCUGAAUGCAAGUGAUGACCGUGGUAUCAAUGUAGUUCGAACAAAAAUAAAAAAUUUUGCAGCUGUUGCUGUCGGCUCAGGCCGUCAAGGGGGUUAUCCUUGCCCACCCUAUAAGAUUAUCAUCCUAGAUGAGGCAGAUUCAAUGACUGAAGAUGCUCAGAAUGCCUUGCGACGGACCAUGGAAACUUACUCCAAAGUUACAAGAUUCUUCUUCAUUUGUAAUUAUAUCAGCAGGAUCAUAGAGCCUCUAGCUUCUAGAUGUGCAAAGUUUAGGUUCAAGCCACUUUCAGAAGAAGUUAUGAGUAGCCGUAUACUGCAUAUUUGUAAAGAGGAAGGCCUCAAUCUAGAUUCAGAGGCUCUUUCAACCUUGAGCUCUAUUUCACAAGGCGAUCUUCGUCGGGCAAUAACAUACUUACAGGGAGCUGCUCGCUUAUUUGGAUCAUCAAUAUCUUCUGAGAACUUAAUCAGUGUGUCUGGGGUUAUCCCAGAGGAGACUGUUCAAGCUCUCUUUGCAGCUUGCAAAAGUGGAAAUUUCGAUUCAGCGAACAAGGAAGUCAAUAAUGUAAUCGCAGAGGGAUAUCCAGUUUCUCAGAUGCUUUCCCAGAUAUUUGAGAUAGUUGUCGAAGCUGAUGAUAUAUCAGAUGAACAAAAAGCAAGAAUUUGCAAGAAACUUGGUGAAGCAGAUAAGCGUCUUGUUGAUGGAGCAGAUGAGUAUUUGCAGCUGUUGGAUGUGGCCAGCAAUACUAUGAGGGCACUUUGUAACCUGCCAGAAGAAUUUUCCAUUGAGAAUUAGGUAAGAGAGUGAAGUGACUGAGUUACAGCUUAUUAUCUGUCCGAUCAUGUCAAAGAACCGCUCGGAAUAUUUUUUUUAUAUGCAAAUCAUUUCCAUGUUUUUGGGGACUAAAAUACCAUCAUUCCAAGUACAUGUUGAUAUGAUUGCAUUAUUGUUCACUGUGGCAUUACCCCCUCAUUAUAAUAUCUGUGACAUUAAUUUAA